AUGUAUUCGGAAAGCAAUAUAAUCGAAAUGGAAACGUCAUUAAAUUGUGUAGUUCUAAGCGACAAAACUUCUGACAGUCUUGACACUUUCUCGAUUGACUUUUAUAAAAAAAAUGAUAACAAAAUAAUUACCGAGCUUAGAAAUAAGAGUUAUGACUUCGACAAAUUCAAAGUUGAUCAACUCGGGAAUUAUAUCUGUGAUAGGAAUAAUAUUCCCAAUUCUGGUGGAAGCGCAGUAAAACUUUGGAAAGUUAAUAUUGUUGAUGAAGUUGAUAUUAAAGAAAAACUUAAAGAUGAGACUAAUGUUUAA